GUUUGGAAUAGACCAACUUGCCCCAACUCUGUGGCUGACUGCAGGGAUGUGCCUGACAGAAUCUGGAAAUUAAAGGAUUACUGCUAACUCCAAAUACUGGAGAUCCGGUUUGCCAAAUAUUUCAUCAGGCCAGGGCAAAAGAGCGGUCAAGGGGUCCUACUUUUACUCUGGUUUGUUGGCUUGUGUGUUUGUACACUGGAAUGUCUGCGUCUGAUGGAUUUAUAACCAUUCACAGUGGAAAUAACAUUCUGUGCUCACAAAAAUAUAAGCAAUGCAUUUUCUGAACAUUUCUUGUGGAUUUCUAAAUCCACUGAUUGUUCUCCAAUGACCUCUUUUCAUGGUGUGCAUCCCACUGCUGUAAAGAAGAAAUCAAUGAUGACGAAAAACACAAAUUAUGCCAUUAUGGCUUUGCCUUUCUCAGAACACAUGAACUGGGGAGGGUUUUUUCAUUCCCACUUUCUUAUUUUUCUCAUAUCUUUAUUACCAUCGGUUACAGUUUGUAGCAUUCCAGGUUUGGAAUAUGACUGGGGAACGCAACCCAAACUUGUUUGCAUCCCUAUUCCUGCAGAUGCAGACCCUAGUUGUUUCACACCAGGUGGGGCUUCGCAUGGGACUGUACAUGGGGCUCCACAUGGGCCAAACAGCAAUGGACACGGGAAUGGCCAUGGGAAUGGACAUCAUGGGGCAGUUAGCGGGCUGCCGAGUAGUCACAGCAGCAGUAGUAGUAGCCGACAUGGCAUAUCCGAUGAGGCCAAAGCCACCAUCCUUCACCUGAGGGAGAGCCUUGUGCGACAAAAGGAGACCAUCUUGGAUCAGCGAGAGACCAUUCGGGAACUGACAGCAAAACUGACUCUCUGCGAGAGCUUUGGAAGGGGACACCAUGAUGACAACCAUCACGGCCCUUCACAUCACAACUCUCAGCAUUCUUCACACCAUUAUGACAGCCACCAUGCUGACCCACACUUCCCAUUAAACGGGCAUCGCAGUGACCAUCACAGAGGCAAAUCUCCAUAUCUGGGCAAACACAGCUUCUCCCCAGAACAGACAGGAAAGACCCUGCAGGCCCUGAAGGAGAGGCUGGAAAAUCUUCAGGCAAGAAAUUCAUCCAGUUCCUAUUCAAGUUCAUUGAGAGACCUCCUGCAGCGCAAGAUCAACGCACUGGAAGAACAGCUCCAUCAUCACUAUGGUCACCAUGACAACCGUCAUGGAUAUGGUCAUCAUGAGGAUAACCAUGACCAGGAUGACCACCAUAAUAACCACCACAAUAACCACCAUGAUGACCAUCAUGAUAACCAUGACAGCCAUCAGGCAAACCAUCACGAUGACCAUCACUCUAGCCACCAUCGUAACCACCAUUAUGGUCAUCACUACGACCGUUACAGUGACCACCACGACGACCACCAUGGCAAUCACCAAGACAAUCAUCAAAGUGGCCAUGAUGAUCAUCAUGAUGAUGACCAUCAUGGCAAUGGACACCAUGAUGGUGGACACCAUGGAAAUGAUGAUCAUGUCCACCAUCCACAAACCUCAAUCCAACCACCAGGGUCAAGAGUGCCUGUCCGUGGAGCCAUCAACAAAUUAGACGCAGUGCUGAGUAACCUUCACCACAAAACUCCAGAAACAGGACCAAAUAAGAAGCCCAAGAAUCCUGAUGCUUUUCAGAUUGGCUUCCCGAUGCGCACCAACUACAUAUAUGGGCGAAUCAAGCGCACCCUUCUGAGUGAGAUUUUUGCCCUCACUGUCUGUCUUUGGUUGAAAGGGGGCUCAGGUCCUGGGAUCGGAACCCCAUUCUCCAACUCUGUCCCGGGCCAGGCCAACGAACUUGUCCUGAUUGAAUGGGGCAACAAUCCCAUGGAGCUGCUGGUGAAUGACAAGGUAAAGAAAUCAUCC